AUGAAGAUUCUGGUGAGUACGAAAACAAACCACAACGGAGAACCCAAGAAAACAACUGGUGGUAUUGGUGAGUACAAAAACAAACCACAACCGAAAACAAAAGAUCAGAAGGGUAGUGAAGCUUCUAGAUCGAAAGAAAAAGGAAACAUGGUUGAUAACGAUGAUGAAGAAGAAGAAUAUUUAUCUGAAGGGGCAAAGCUCAAAAGAAAGAAACGUGAUAAAGAACUUGAUGAAAUUGAGUGUGUUGCUAAACAAUUUGAAGCUCGUGAAAAGGAGGCUCGUGAUGCACAUGUCACCCUUGAAACACAAAAGGCCCUCUUCCCUCCAUGGUCUAUGGAGCAGAUUCUGAACGAGGCCAUUGACAAUUAG